AUGGCCACCCAAACCGAAACCAUCUCUCCCACUGCCUCUCGCACCGUGCCCGCCCUCAUCCGACGAGGCUCCUCUUCUCACUCGACGCAGAAGAAGCCAUGGCAACACUCGGGCCGGCCGUCCUUUCAUUCGACUCAUUCGCGACCUGACCCAGACGAAAUUCAACGCCUCUCGCAGCACAUCUCGCGUCAGACGACCAGAUCCUCCCAUCGCCGCACCCCAAAAUGGUACAAGAUUCGUUGGUUCCAGGGCAUGUUUGACGAUAUCAAGAGACGGGCUCCCUACUAUUGGAGCGAUUGGAAGGAUGCUUGGGAUUAUAGAGUCAUCCCCGCCACGGUUUAUAUGUACUUUGCCAAUAUCCUCCCAGCAUUGGCCUUCUCGCUCGACAUGUUCACCAAAACCCACAACUCGUACGGCGUCAACGAAGUCCUGCUGGCCUCGGUGCUAGGCUGUGUGGUCUUCUCCGUCUUCGCGGCUCAACCACUCGUCAUCGUCGGUGUCACAGGGCCCAUCACGGUCUUCUCCUACACGGUCUACGAUAUCGUCGUGCCCCGAGGAACAAAUUACUUCUCCUUCAUGGCCUGGAUCGGCAUCUGGGCACUCCUCAUGCAUUGGAUCCUCGCCAUCACCAAUAGUUGCAACGCCCUGACUUACGUCACGCGCUUCAGCUGUGAUACUUUUGGCUUCUACGUCGCUUUCAUCUAUCUGCAGAAGGGGAUCCAGGUCUUGACCAGACAGUGGGGCCUGGCCGGUGCCGAGAGUGCCUAUCUCUCCAUCAUGGUGAGCUUGUUGGUGUUGGGCUUCGCCUAUGGCUGUGGCGUGCUUGGUGAAAGCAACUUGCUACAGCGACAUGUGAGGAAGUUUAUCGAAGACUACGGAACACCUUUGACUAUUGUCUUCUUCACCGGUUUCGUUCAUAUUGGCCACAUGAAAGAUGUGCACGUCGAAACCUUGCCGACCAGCAAGGCUUUCUUUCCCACUGCUGAUCGAGGGUGGUUCGUGCAUUUCUGGGAUAUCGACGUUGGAGAUGUCUUCCUUGCCAUUCCUUUCGCGGUCUUGUUGACGGUCUUGUUCUGGUUCGAUCAUAAUGUCUCCUCGCUUAUCGCCCAAGGCACGGAAUUUCCCCUGCGCAAACCUCCUGGUUUUCACUGGGAUAUCUUUCUUCUUGGCCUGACCACGGGCAUCGCGGGGCUCUUGGGAAUUCCUUUCCCGAACGGCCUCAUUCCCCAAGCGCCUUUCCACACCAACUCUCUCUGCGUGACACGCCAAGUGGUUGACGAGAAAGCACGAGGACACAUCGUCCGCGUCACGGACCAUGUCGUCGAACAGCGUUUCAGCAAUCUCGCGCAAGGUCUUUUGUUCCUGGUCACCAUGACGGGACCACUCCUGGUGGUUUUGCAUCUAAUCCCGCAGGGCGUGCUGGCCGGCUUGUUCUUCGUCAUGGGUGCCCAAGCCCUCGUGGGAAAUGGAAUCACCCAGAAAAUGCUCUUCCUGGCCCGUGACCAGGAAUUGACCGAUGCAAGUGAUCCACUGGCACGAAUCGAGCGGCGCCUCGCAAUCUGGGUAUUUGUGGCCCUGGAAUUGAUCGGCUUUGGCGCUACCUUCGCCAUCUCUCAGACCAUCGCGGCUAUUGGUUUCCCUGUGAUCAUCCUCUUGCUCAUCCCUCUACGUACAUGGGUGAUGCCGAAGUGGUUCCGGGACGAAGAGCUGAAGGCUCUGGACGCACCGACUGCAGGGGCAUUUGUCAUGGAAUCUGUCGGUGGCGCGUAUGGAGAGAGCGAGCCGAGUUCCCCGGACCUCACGGCGCCGAAUGAGAAUGACGACACCGUUGCCGUUGAUGACAGUUUGGAGAGAGGCGAAAGUUAUGAGUUGGAGAGUGCAGUAGCGGCUGGAAAGAGCGAUGGUGUCAUCGCCGUCAGUGCAGGCGGGAGUGGCACUGCCUCUGCGCCUGUCAGGAGGAGGACGAGUCACAGCGAGAUGCAGAAGCCCGAAGUGGGCAUGAGAAGAAGGAGUCGUAGCUCGAUGAAUAGACGGGGAUAA